ACAGCAGAGAGAAGGGCUGGGGACAAUCCAGCCGGGAACCUGAUCUCAUGCCGCUGCUGGGAAAUUCUCCUGGCAGGUUUCAACGAAGCGCCACCUCGGCCAUGGCUCCUGGGGAGAAGAUCAAAGCCAAAAUCAAGAAGAAUCUGCCCGUGAGAGGCCCGCAGGCUCCCACCAUCAAGGACCUCAUGCACUGGUACUGCAUGAACACCAACACCCACGGGUGCCGCCGCAUCGUGGUGUCCCGCGGCCGCCUCCGGCGCCUGCUCUGGAUCCUGUUCACGCUGACCGCGGUGGCCCUCAUUAUCUGGCAGUGCGCCCUCCUCGUCUUGUCCUUCUACACUGUCUCUGUCUCCAUCAAAGUCCACUUCCAGAAGCUAGACUUUCCUGCGGUCACCAUCUGCAACAUCAACCCCUACAAGUACAGUGCUGUACGCGACCUUCUGGCGGACUUGGAUCAGGAGACCAGAGGGGCUCUGAAGACCCUGUACGGCUUUUCAGAAGUUAAGUCUCGCCGACGCCGUGGGGCAGAGUCUGAGAACCCAGCCUGGGAAGGCAUCCAGCCCAAAUUCCUCAAUGUGAUCCCGCUGCUGGUCUUCAAUGAGACUGACAAGGGCAGGGCCAGGGAUUUCUUCACCGGCCACAAGCGCAAGGUCAGCGGGAACAUCAUUCACAAGGCUUCCAAGGUCAUGCACAUCCACGAGUCUAAGAAAACGGUGGGAUUCCAGCUGUGCCCCUCCAAUGACACCACCAGCUGUGCCACCUACACCUUCAGCUCGGGGAUCAAUGCCAUCCAGGAGUGGUACAAGUUGCACUAUAUGAACAUCAUGGCCCAGGUGCCUCUGGAGAAGAAAAUCAACAUGAGCUAUUCCGCCGAGGAGCUGCUGGUCACCUGCUUCUUUGACGGGAUGUCCUGCGAUCCCAGGAACUUCACACUUUUCCACCAUCCCAUGUAUGGAAACUGCUACACGUUCAACAACAGAGAAAACGAGACCACGCUCAGCACCUCCAUGGGGGGCAGUGAGUAUGGGCUGCAGGUCAUUUUGUACAUCGAUGAAGAGGAAUACAACCCCUUCCUGGUGUCCUCCACUGGGGCAAAGGUGCUUAUUCACCAGCAAAAUGAGUAUCCCUUCAUCGAAGACGUGGGGACAGAGAUUGAGACCGCAAUGUCCACCUCCAUAGGAAUGCACCUGACAGAGUCCUUCAAGCUGAGUGAACCCUACAGCCAGUGCACAGAGGACGGGCACGACGUGCCAGUGGAGAAUGUCUACAACGCUGCCUACUCCCUCCAGAUCUGCCUUUACUCCUGCUUCCAGACAAAGAUGGUAGAGAAGUGUGGGUGUGCCCAGUACAGCCAGCCUCUGCCUCCCAAUGCCAACUACUGCAACUAUCAGCAAAACCCGAACUGGAUGUACUGUUACUACAAGCUGUACCAGGCCUUUGUUCAGGAAGAGCUGGAAUGCCAGGCAGUGUGCCGGGAAACGUGCAGGUUUAAGGAAUGGACGCUGACCACCAGCCUGGCGCAGUGGCCAUCUGAGGUUUCAGAGAAGUGGUUGUUACGCAUUCUCACCUGGGACCAAGGCCAGCAAAUAAACAAAAAGCUCAACAAGACGGACUUGGCCAAACUCUUGAUCUUCUACAAAGACCUGAACCAGAGAUCCAUCAUGGAGAGCCCAGCCAACAGCAUCGAGGUGCUUCUUUCCAACUUUGGCGGCCAGCUGGGCCUGUGGAUGAGUUGCUCUGUCGUCUGUGUCAUCGAGAUCAUCGAAGUCUUCUUCAUUGACUUCUUCUCUAUCAUCGCCCGCCGACAGUGGCAGAGAGCCAAGGAGUGGUGGGCCCGGAAGCAAGGAUCGCCCUGCCCUGAGGGUCCCCCCGGCUGGCGGGGCCAGGACAAUCCAGCCCUCCAUGUAGACGAGGACCUGCCCACUUUCACCUCUGCUCUGCAGCUGCCUCCAGCCCCGGGGGCCCAGGUGCCCGGCACGCCACCCCCCAGAUAUAACACCUUGCACUUGGGCAGGGCCUUCUCCAGCCAGCUCUCAGACACCCAGGUGCCGGACGAGUCCUGAGACAAUGCUGGAAGGAGAGAGCUGGUCAGGACUGCAGCUGUGGUUGAGGGACUCAGGCCUUGUCUCCCGGAGGCACAGGGAGCCUCCUAUCUGUACCCUGGGCCUUUGGGACACUGCCUAAAAGGUUGCUGUGGUCAAAUCAGGGUUGGGCACGGGCAGGCAGAGCCACUGGGUCCUGCCUGGCUCUACACCUGGCCAGGAUGAGCUAGAUCAGGACCUGAACUCAGCACAUCCACACGGGGAAGACUGCAGGCCAACACAAGGGCACCAUCAAUGAGGACCCGGUGUGCUCUUGGCUGGGAGUUGAGAGAAAAGAACACCUCCACAGCCCCAAGCUAGGGUUCCACCCACACCCUGGCCUUACCAGGGCCACAGGAUGUGACUUUCGGUCACAAGGCUGGACAGCUCCUGCCUGAUGCCAAAGAUAAAAGGUAGUGCCAGCCCUAGGGGGUGGCUGCGGUGCCCAAGCUGUCCUGGGUACUGAUACUGGCACAAGGUAUCCUUGUCACCCUCGGGCACAGACCCGGCGUGGGUCCUGGGUGUGUGUGGGGAGAGGUGCAGUGGAGGGAGUGGCAGGGCGGCUGGGCUGGGGCCAUGAUCUGGGCAGCUAAGGCAGCUCCCAAGCAGAGAAGGGCCAGUUAAGGGACACAGCUGGGUACGCCUGGUCGGUGGUGUCCUCGUAGUCUGAGCUCAGCUGCUCCUCUCACCAACCAGCUCGGCCUGCUCCACUGCCCAGCACAGCAGCACACGCCUGUGAUCCUAGCAGUCCAGGAGGCUGAGGCAGGAAGAUCGCACAUUGGAGAGCAGGCUGGGCCGUUUACCUAGUUAGCAGACCUUAUCUCAAAAUAAAAUAUAAAAAAGGGCUGGGGAGGUAGCUGUUCAGCAGAGGCCUUGGUUUCAAUCCCUCGUACCGGAAAGAGAUAGAGACCUCCUUUCUACUAGCAGCCUCAGUGGCCUGCCCCUGCGAACGCCCACCAUGUACAUGCAAUUCCAACCUCAGCAUCAGUGCAAGAGCAGCUCCGGGCACUAUCCUAAGCCCUCAUGCAAAUCAGCCUGGGGACAGCAAACUGUGUGGCCCACAGGCUAAAUCCUGUUUUUGUUUGUGAACUGAGAAUGGUUUUUUUUUUUCCACUUUUGAAUAGCUAAAAAGAAAAAAAAAAUUAUGACUCAAGAAAAUGAUAGGAUUUCCAACUUCAGUUUCCAGAAAUAAAACUUUAUUGG